UUGGAUACUGAGUGACAGCUCGGUCACUGAGACAGACAGAAGGGAGCUCUCCACAGAAGAGGAGAAGACUCAGUUCGACCACAGACUUUGAUCAACAUGCCUGCAGCUCAAGGAACAGCCAUUGGCAUUGACCUGGGCACCACCUACUCCUGUGUUGGGGUCUUCCAACAUGGCAAGGUGGAGAUCAUCGCCAAUGACCAGGGUAACCGCACCACCCCCAGCUACGUGGCCUUCAAUGACACUGAGAGGCUCAUCGGAGAUGCUGCCAAGAACCAGGUGGCUCUGAACCCCCAGAAUACCGUCUUUGAUGCCAAGAGGCUCAUCGGGAGGAGGUUCGAUGACCCAGUUGUCCAGACUGACAUGAAGCACUGGCCCUUCCAGGUGGUGAAUGAUGGAGGGAAGCCCAAGGUCAAGGUUGAGUACAAGGGAGAGAAUAAAGCCUUUUACCCUGAGGAAAUCUCUUCCAUGGUGCUGACCAAGAUGAAGGAGACAGCAGAGGCCUACCUGGGACACCCUGUCACCAAUGCUGUUAUCACGGUGCCUGCUUACUUCAAUGACUCCCAGCGCCAGGCAACCAAAGAUGCUGGUGUGAUCGCUGGCCUCAAUGUCCUCCGUGUCAUCAAUGAGCCAACGGCAGCUGCCAUUGCCUACGGCCUGGACAAGAAGGGCAGAGGAGAACACAACGUUCUCAUCUUUGACCUGGGGGGUGGCACCUUCGAUGUGUCUAUUCUCUCCAUCGACGAUGGUAUCUUUGAAGUGAAAUCAACGGCUGGUGACACCCACUUGGGAGGAGAGGACUUUGAUAACCGCAUGGUCAAUCACUUCAUUGAGGAGUUCAAGCGGAAAUACAAGAAGGACAUCAGUCAGAACAAGAGGGCAGUCAGGAGGCUGAGGACAGCCUGUGAAAGAGCCAAGAGAACCCUGUCUUCCAGCACACAAGCCAGUAUUGAGAUUGACUGUCUGUUCGAAGGCAUUGACUUCUACACCUCCAUCACCAGGGCUCGGUUUGAGGAGCUGAAUGCUGACCUGUUCAGAGGCACUCUGGAACCAGUGGAGAAAGCUCUGAGAGAUGCCAAGUUGGACAAGUCACAGAUCCAUGACAUUGUCUUGGUUGGGGGCUCCACCCGCAUCCCCAAGAUCCAGAAACUGCAGCAAGAUUUCUUCAGUGGCAAGGAGUUGAACAAGAGCAUCAAUCCUGAUGAGGCUGUGGCCUAUGGGGCAGCUGUUCAAGCAGCUAUUCUGAUGGGGGACAAGUCAGAGAAUGUUCAGGACCUACUUCUCCUGGAUGUCGCUGCCCUGUCUCUGGGUCUCGAGACAGCAGGGGGUGUCAUGACUGCACUCAUCAAGCGCAACACCACCAUUCCCACCAAGCAGACCCAGAUCUUCAGCACCUACUCUGAUAACCAGCCUGGUGUCCUUAUUCAGGUGUAUGAAGGGGAGCGAGCCAUGACCAAGGACAACAAUCUCCUGGGUAAAUUUGAGUUGAGUGGCAUUGCUCCUGCCCCUCGCGGUGUGCCACAGAUUGAGGUCACCUUUGAUAUCGAUGCCAAUGGCAUCUUGAAUGUCUCUGCCAUUGAUAAGAGCACUGGCAAAUCGAACAAGAUCACCAUCAGCAAUGACAAGGGCAGGCUGAGUAAGGAGGAGAUUGAGAGGAUGGUGCAGGAGGCAGAAAAGUACAAGAAUGAGGAUGAAGCCCAGCGGGAAAGGAUCGGAGCCAAGAACAGUCUGGAGUCCUACGCCUUCAACAUGAAGAGCACAGUGGAGGAUGAGAAUGUGAAAACUAAGAUCAGUGAGGGAGACAGGAAGAAAAUUCUUGAGCAAUGUAACCAGGCAAUCCUGUGGCUGGAGAACAACCAGAUGGCAGACAAGGAGGAGUUUGAGUACCAGCUGAAAGAACUGGAAAAGCUGUGCCGUCCCAUCAUUGCCAACCUGUACCAAGGAGGAGCAGCAGCGGCAGCAGCAGGGGGUUCUUGCAGAGCCCAGGCUGGACGUGCCACUUCCACAGGACCAAUAGUGGAGGAGGUGGACUAAAGGACUGGAAAGUCAGAGCCUCCGCAAUCCAGGCCUGAACUUUAGACUGGGACUGGGUCAGCACCAGGAUCUCUCUCUUUCAGUGACAGGGAGAGGAGAGGGUUGCUGCAGAAAUUACUGCCAGCUGUAACAGUGAUGAUGUCACUGAUCUUGGAGCCUGUUGACAUUUUGUAAUUUUUAUUACUUUUGUUGAAAUAAUUUUCUGAA